AUUUUUGACAUGACGCAGCCGUCUGCUAUUGCUGCUGAGACUGCAGUAUCGUUUAUUGAGUUAGCAGAUGAACACGGCGCGGGUGUGUAGCACAGACUUCACUGGCUUGCCUGGGCGUGGUGUGUCGCAGGUUGAGAGAAUUUCAUUCCUACUGACGAGGUAUUAGAGAUUUAUUUCUGCGCCAUCGAGUCGGCGUACGGAGCAGGCACUGGCCCGCAUGGUUCAUGUUGCAUGAAGGGGAAGAAGCCCAUUUGGUCCUCAAGAGCGAAUGCACCAGUGUUUAAAGGCAUGGAAAUCUGAUAGUGCGCUCGAUUAAUAGUUGAAGAAUGCAGCACCUCAGUCAAACGUACCAGUGCGUUCAGACCACUCUCUGACGGCGGAAUGAUGGUGAUUCUCGGCGUCGGCGCAACAGGAAUUAUCAGCCGGUCGAGGAUCAGCUGCCUUGUGGUCAGAGAGAGCGAACUAUGGUGACAAGCGUCGGGUUGCUGGAUGUUAACGAGACGUCGUCUGAAGAUGACCGGCCGGUUAGAAUGUUAAAUUGCGCCUAGAUACCCCCGGGGAGAGUUGCAACUUUUCUCCUCAGCCGAGCCCGGUGAAGGAAGAUGCCGGCGCGGUAGGCGCUGCCAGGAAUGCCGACAGAAUGGGAAGCACCUUAGGAUGCGUCCGAAAGCAGCAAGAGGCUGCGGAAGCAGAUCGGAAGAAAACUCCCUUCACGCCGCGGAAAAAGAUCAGAUUUAAGCGCUUCAGGAAAAACAAGAAAGCCGCUUCGCGUCCCCGAGAUGGUGCGGGAGAGGCGGAGGGAAGACCGCCGGGCGAUUCUCCAUCGUCUGCUCGGCAAACGAGAGGUGAUGAGGCACGUUUCUCUCCGGCUGGAGCUGCGGGGAAAUUAUCAACAGGCGCCGGUCUCGGUCCUGGAUCGGGAAAGGGGGAACCUGCUGAAGACCCGUCAGGUGGGCUGCCCCUCCGAAAUGCAUCGGAUCUCCCCAGCGAAGCGGCGACAAGUCCGGGAGGAGAAUCGGUAGAUCUCCUCGUGAAGGCCGGCGGAGAAAGUACGCAGCAGACGUUUUCAGUCAGGGCUGAAAUCCAACCUUUUGGCCAACGCGUGAUUAAAUUCGAAACGGACCCGUGUUCGGUGGCAGAACUCUGCGAUCCACCUGUGAAACCCGAGGGAAGUGAAAUGAAAGAAUUGAUUUUCCCCGUACCCGUGUCCGGAGAAGGGGACCUGAAAGCCGGCAAGAAACUAAUUGCGAGCAACCCCGAAGCUGCUAAUGAAACCGACGCGGGUCCCUUCUCCAGAGAGUCGCCGGAAAAGGGAGACUGGGAGGGGAGCAACACAGAUCACCCCGAUGUACCUGGCGAGCCGCAUGUAACUUCACACAGUGAACGCGCGGAUGGCAAAAACAGCCAGUCACCCUUGCACAGGGUAAACGAAGCGCUAACAGAGGAAGCAGAGUUAGCGAGGCAGUCUCCUUUAAAGAGGGACUUCACUGUAGAGCUACGGACUCUGUUCUCCUCUGGUUACGGCAGCAAUCUGCCCUCCGCGGAAAUAAACGAAAGUGUGUCUGGAAAAACAAGCUGCAGGGACUUUGAACUGUUUUCCUACGUCCCCGAUGGCGAUACCAUGUCCAUUUCAGAAACAGAGUUUGGGUUGUCGACCAGUAAUGAAGGUGACGAUAUCAGUUUGGAACAGAUUGCAAACCUGAGCCAGGAAAUGGUUCGUGAAAGCUUGAUGAUACUAUGAAGAAACACCUCUUUGAUCAUCCAAAAUUUUUCCCGUUGUGCGUAGUGUCAUUGAAGUGUCAUUGCCUUAAAUGUUCAAUUGCAUUUUGUUUUUAUUUUGAACAGCUGCGUAGAGCACUCCAAAAUUUUGUGCAGUUGUUGGUACUGCAUUCAUUUACUUGAAGUAAAGUUAGCCAGGAAUUGGUUGCAUUGGUAUUUGUGCACAGAUAACCCCUGUACUCUUAAUUUAAAAUUGAUUUGUUUACAUUCGCGUUUCAUUCGUUAUUUCCUGAAGCAUCAGCUGGAGCGCAUACCUCAACCUGACAGGAUAAUCAUACUUUCCGGAAAUACCAGCUCCGUUGUGCUUUUUGAUCACUUUGUGGGCAGGGCCCCAGGCACAGUGGCGGGGAAGAGGUCUCGGCUCCUCUCGACCCCAUGGAAGUGGAUUUUCUUUGCAGCUUCUCCCCAGUUCUUUCAUUCAGAGCCCACGUUGUACUGGAGUGCAGUGGGACUGUAAUUGAAAUUCUAGGAUGCUAGUUUGUUGUGCGUUUAAUACAAUGAGACAGGCAGGUGCUUUGUAUCCAAGGGCAAACUUUCUGAAAAUACUAUUGGCUGAUCUUCCAUGUUAAAUUCAAUGAGGUCACUGGAAUCCCCUUGUAAUUUGUGUUUCAGCAAGUGACCAGUCCAUGGGGAUAAAAAAAGAAUUUGGACAUUAAACUACUUUUAAGGCAACACGUGCUGGAAAUAAAUAAAAAACACAAAAUGCUGACAGAACUCAGCAGGCCAGACAGCAUCUAUGGGAUGAGGUAGUGCCGAUGUUUCGGGUGAAACCCUCCAUCAGGAGUGAAGUAACAUGGGAUGGUCGAGGGGGGAUAAGAAGUGGGGGGAGGGAUGAAGUAGUGAGCUAGGAAGUGAUAGGCUGAAGGGAAAUGGGCUAGGGGAAGGUGGAGAAUUAUGGGAAAUAAAAGAGAAAGAAAGGUAGGGCUGAGGGGAGAUAAUAGUGAGGGGGAAAAAAGAGAGAGAAAGAGAACCAGACUAAAAUUAUAGAUAGGGAUGGAGUAAGGGGGGGGCAGGGGUAUCAAUGGAAGUCAGUGAGUUGGAUGUUCAUGCUGGCAGGAAGGAGGCUACCUAGGCGGGAGAUAAGGUAUUGCUCCAUCGACCUGCGUGUGGUCUCAUCUUGAUGGUAGAGGAGGCCAUGGACAGACAUGUCGGAGUGGAACUGGUCAGUGGAAUUGAAGUGUGUGGUCACAGGGAGAUCCCACCACUGCUGGAGGACCGAGUGCCGGUGUUCGGUGAAACGGUCUCCCAGUCUGCGGCGGGUCUCCCCAAUGUAUAAAUGGCCACAUCGGAGCACCGGAUACAGUAUAUCACCCCAGUUGACGUGAAGGUGAAGUAUCCCCCUCGACCAUCCCAUGUUACUUCACUCCUGAUGAAGGGUUUCAGCCCAAAACAUCGUUUAUACCUCCUCCCAUAGAUGCUGUCUGGCCUGCUGAGUUCUGCCAGCAUUUUGUGUUUUUUAAACUACUUUUAAGGUUUCUUUUAUAUUACAUCCCUAU